AUGGAUGGGGAGGAAGAUGAUUUGUCUCUGCUGACUGCACUGCUGGAGGAGAAUGAGUCCGCCUUGGAUUGUAGUCCAGAAGAGAGUCACCCCUUGACCCAGGAGGAUGGUGAACCUGACGCAUAUGACGAACUCUUUGAUGCAGAUGGUGACGGUGAAUCUUAUUCAGAGGAGGCUGCUGAUGGAGAACUGGGAGAGACUGAAGACCGAAAGGAAAAUUUGGCCACUCUUUUUGGAGAUAUGGGGGACUUAACAGAUGAAGAAGAAGUUCCCAUGCAGCAAUCACCUAAAAAUAGAGUCCUCCCCGCGCCUGGUCCCAAUCAGGGGAAAACUGAUCAAGAGUUGCAAGAUGAAUUAAAGAAGUUGCAAGAGCAGAUGAAAUCCUUACAAGAGCAGCUAAAAAUGGCAACAAUUAAGCAGCCUACAAGUCCAUCCCUUCUGCCUAAAUCUGAGAAGUCUCCACGCCCCCCUCUUAAAGAGAAGAAAGUUCAGAGAAUUCAGGAGUCGACAUGCUUUUUUGCAGAGCUUGAUAUCCCUAUUCCACCAAAAACCAAGCGGGUGGCUCGGACACCAAAGGUUUCACCUGCAGAGCCCAAAAGCUCAUCUUUGAGGAUGACAAAUACACCUUCCCAACCACUCCGAACUACUCCUGGAAACAAACCUAGUGGGUUGACCAGAGAUCAGAGCGCAGGGACCCCCAGGAGUUCUGCGGAACCGGCUCAGACAGUGGUUUCCGUGGAAGCCUUCUCGGGCCUGAGGCUCAGGCGACCUCGAGUGUCCUCCACAGAGAUGAACAAGAAAAUGGUCGGCCGAAAACUGAUCAGACUGUCUCAGCUCAAGGAAAAGAUGGCAAGUGAGAAGCUAGAAGAAGUAGACUGGGUGACUUUUGGGGUUAUAUUGAAGAAAAUCACUCCACAGAGUUGUAAGAGUGGAAAAACAUUUAGUAUCUGGCAACUGAAUGAUCUCCGUGACCUGACACGGUAUGUGUCAUUGUUCUUGUUUGGAGAAGUUCACAAAGAACUCUGGAAGACUGAACAGGGUACUGUCAUAGGGCUGCUCAACGCUAACCCCAUGAAGCCCAAGGAUGGUUCAGAGGAGGUAUGUUUGUCUAUUGAUCAUCCUCAGAAGAUUUUAAUCAUGGGUGAAGCUCUUGACCUGGGAACCUGUAAAGCAAAGAAGAAGAAUGGACAGCUGUGUACACAGACUGUUAAUUUGAAUGACUGUGAGUACUGUCAGUACCACAUCCAGGCCCAGUACAAGAAGCUCAGCGCCAGGCGAUCCGACUUGCAGUCCACCUUCUCCGGAGGACGAAUUCCAAAGAGGUUUACCCGCAAAGGCACCAGCCUAAGAGAACGGCUGUGUCAGGAUGAUUUUUACUAUGGAGGGGUUUCUUCUGCAUCCUAUGCAGCCUCAAUUGCAGCCGCUGUUGCUCCUAAAAAGAAGAUUCAAACCACUCUGACUAAUCUGGUUGUUAAGGGGACAGACUUGAUCAUUCAGGAAACCCAACAAAAGCUUGGAAUACCCCAGAAGAGCUUGUCUUGCUCUGAGGAAUUUAGGGAACUGAUGGAUUUGCCUACGUUUGGAGCCAGAAACUUAAAACAACAUUUAGCCAAAGCCAGGUUAUCAGGGGUGACGGGGAGCCUGAAACCUACUUUCCAGUCUAUCUCAGCAUCAGCCCUCUUGAAGCAGCAGAAGCAGCAUGUGCUGGAGAUGAGGAAGAAGAGGUCAGAAGAAAUGCAGAAACGAUUUCUCCAAAGCUCAAAUGGGGUUGAGAGCCCAGCUGUGCCACCCUCUUCUCAACGGGCCCCUUCUCAGUCUCUGCAAAUGGGGGCUGCGUUGCCCGGCCUAGAAGGAACGCCAGCCACACAGAUACCCAAGCUUGGGCGAGGCAUCUCAGAAGGAGAUGAUGUUCUCUUUUUUGAUGAGUCGCCACCACCAAGACCAAAACUGAGUGCUUUAGCAGAAGCCAAAAAGUUAGCUGCCAUAACCAAAUUAAGGGCAAAAGGCCAGAUUCUUACAAAAACAGACCCAAACAGCAUUAAAAAGAAGCAAAAGGACCCCCAGGAUGUCCUGGAAGUGAAGGAACGCGUAGAGAACAACACCUUUUCUCCUCAAGCUGAAGAUGAAUUGGAGCCUGCCAGGAAAAGAAGGAGAGAACAACUUGCCUACCUGGAAUCUGAGGAAUUUCAGAAAAUUCUAAAAGCAAAAUCAAAGCACACAGGGAUACUCAAAGAGGCUGAGGCUGAGCUGCAGGAACGUUAUUUUGAGCCACUGGUGAAAAAGGAACAAAUGGAAGAAAAGAUGAGAAGCAUCAGAGAAGUGAAAUGUCAAGUAGUGACAUGCAAGACGUGUGCCUACACCCACUUCAAGCCUUUGGAGACCUGCAUCAGUGAGCAGCAUGACUACCACUGGCAUGACGGCCUAAAGAGGUUUUUCAAGUGUCCCUGUGGAAACAGAAGCAUCUCCCUGCAUAGGCUCCCCAAAAAGCACUGCAGUAACUGUGGCCUCUUCAAAUGGGAACGAGAUGGAAUGCUAAAGGAAAAAACAGGCCCAAAGAUAGGAGGAGAAACCCUGUUACCACGAGGAGAAGAACAUGCCAAAUUUCUGAAUAGCCUUAAAUAGCCCUGACUUCAAACAGGU